GUUUAUAUGACUAGCAUUUGUUGCAGGAAUGUAAAUGAAGCAGUGGGACUAGAGAUGGAUUCGGAUUUAGACAAGAACUGCACAUUAGAUCUGAGUCCCAACACUGUUCUUCCGUCUCCUCGACAAUGUUUGAACAUCGAAAAGCGACAUCCCAAAGGAAAACCGAGUCGUGAUGAGGAUGUAUUGAGGGUGAAGGAGGGGUUUAUCGAAAUCGGCUUUCGCCGUUACCGCAGUGUUUCUUGUAAAAACAUUCAAUGUAGAUCUGUUGGGGCAGAAGGCGAUGCUGAGUUGAAACGAGGUUCGAUAUAUCAAAGCUCUGAAGAGAUUAGGAUAAUGAAGAAAACAGGCAUUGUCGAGGGGAGGAGGAAAAUUGAAUUUUCGCGUAGUAGUGACACCUCAAAUUCGUUUAGGAUUGUUGAUUCUCUUUGUAACUCAGAAGAGAGGACCUCAGUGAUGUUGUCUGGCUCGAACUUGAAAUCAGCUUCCAUUAGCAGACCUUAUUUCGAGUCAUGCUCAUCAGAUGGCUUCAUUGAAAUCUGUCCAAGUUCGGAUAAUAAAUAUUACGAAAAGAGAGAAAAACAGUUGGUGGGAACUUCAGGGCAUGCUAAGAAGAGGAAUGGAAGUUUCGGAUGUGAACCGGUUGUCCGUCCUUCAGACGAUGGUAAUGACCUUGUUGAAAAAGACACAGUUCGGAACCUUCAUAAGUCACUAUCUGCUAAGAUGGAAGCUUGUCAUUCACCCUCUUCAUCAGAAAGUGACCGGUUUUCCCGAGCCAGCUCGAAAGCCAUAUUAAGUCCUAUUAGAAAGAUGUUUGAUCCGUUCAUGAAAUCUAAGUCUCUGCGAAGUCCUUUGGGUUAUGCAGCAGAAGCUGACUUUGUCAAAACUAUUGGGAUGGAAAAUACGAGAAGAUAUAGGACAUUUCGGAAAUCUUUGUUACAUGACUUCUCAAAUUCGCCUCGAAAUUCCGAACCGGACACCCCUUUUAUCAAGGAAGAUACCAUCCACACCAUGGUGGCAAGCUCACCAGUUCACCUACAUGGUUGUCUCAAGUUGGGAGUGAAACAAGGGGUGCCGUUUUUCGAGUUCUCAAUUAAUCAACCGGAAGAAAUUGUUCUUCUGGCCAGACAGUGGAAGCAAGAUAAUGCUUUCAAUUGGGUAUAUACCUUUCAUCCCGCCAGCAAUAGAAAGAAGAGCAAUGCCUGUAUGCGGCGGCUGCGUGAUAGUAGCCGAGAUUCUUCGGUUUUUGCUCAGAUGCAAGUCUCCUGCUGUUUCUGCUCGGAAAUUAAAGACGGAGGGGUGAUCGAAAACUCCAUGAUUACAGAAUUUGUUAUGUAUGAUAUUGCACACGCGAGACAGCGUGUUUCCUUCCAAGGAUCCCCUGAUGUUCGUAAAGCCCCGAUCUGUUCUAGUCCAGGCUUAGAUGUCGGAUGUUGUGAAUCUGACGAUGGCUCUAAUGCAGUGAGGCUCAAAGACCAUUUAAAUAUUGCUUCAGAUAACGAUGAGGUCAAAUCCCUAAAUGGAUCAACUCCAUUGCUACCUGCCAAUCUACAUACGAACCAUGAAAUUGCCGCUGUAGUCAUUCGAGUACCGUUUAAGAAGAGAGAGAGCUUGAAAUACAGAAGAGGGGACAAAAUAGGUGAUAAGAGACAUUUAAACCUACUGAAUGUCUCUAUGAUUGAAGAAUGCAAAAGGAACAUACAAGAUAGCAGGAGCCAAGAGAAGGUGAAGGUGGUUAUUCCUACCGGAAACCAUGGCUUUCUUAGUACCGAGACCUCAGGUCCUUCAUCGCUGCUCGAUAGGUGGAGGAAUGGCGGAGGCUGCGAUUGUGGUGGCUGGGACAUGGCUUGUCCCCUUGUCGUUUUUGGCAACCCCGGCAUAAAUUGCUCCGAAGAUCGACCACUGGUGGACAGUGAGCAGCCUUUGAAACUUUUUCUUCAGGGCGCCAAAGAGAAUACACCGGCACUGACCAUGAGUGCCACCGAAGGAGGGUAUGCGGUCGAUUUUCAUGCAAAGUUGUCUGUGUUACAAGCAUUUUCUAUUUGUGUUGCCAUAUUGCACGGUACCGAAACCCCAACUGCUGCUGCGGAAGCACAAACUCAACAUUUUUCGAAUUGUGAUUCACUGCAAUCACUUGACGAUGAAGUGAAAUUCUUAAUUGAAGCAGUCACAGAGGAGAAGAAGAAGAAGAAAGUUAGCAAGAGAGCAGUAGCAAUCCCACCACCCUAUGUGAUUAACCCCCCCUUCUCUCCGAUUGCUCGUGUUUAGACGUCGGUAACCGACUCGUUGAAUUGCAAAUGGCCUCUCCAUGUCUUUCAAAGCGACAGAAAGCGAUCGAAGACGGUUAUUGUUCGGGCUAAAAUGGAGAGUGGCCAUACAAAUUCUGCCAUUCCAAAUGAAGGUUACUGUAUAGCUGAUAUCUGUAUCCGAUGGCACAGAUGCUCAUCAUGCUCGGUAAACCGAAAAUACAUGUCAGGAAAUAUCGUGGAAAACGGAUUUACAGAUUAAUAAUCCAAGUUGCUGCCACAAAGAAGGUUAGUCCUCAAGCACAAGAAUCUCUUCAUUGCACUGUUGGUUCAUUCUUGCGUUCUAUAGAUUAGAGAAAUAGAAUAGGAAAACACCACACUGUUCAUAGUGUAACUUUGAUAUCAAAGCAAAAUAGUGAUGUAGCUAUUGAGAGUUGAGACAUUUUGAAGAUACAAUUAUUUUUAACCUUUUACGACUAUGGAGCUGAGUGGCAGUAAAUCAUA